AUGACAACAAUACCACCCGAGGGCGCCUUCCCCCUCCCCCCUCUCCUAACCCACCAAACCUCAACCCCGCCAACCCUAAUAACCCAAGGCGCAGAAGCCCGCCUCUACCACACAACCCACCUCUCCUCCGACCGCCCAGCAGCCCUCAAAUACCGCCCGCCCAAACCCUACCGCCACCCGACCCUCGACGCCCGCCUAACCCGCUCCCGCAUCCUCGCCGAAGCCCGCGUCCUCGCAAAAUGCCGCCGCGAAGGGUGUCCCGUCCCCGCGCUCUACGCCCUCGACGAGGUCGCGGGGUGGUUGAUGCUCGAGUGGAUCCCCGGUGCGCCCGUGAGAGUGAGGAUUAACGAGUGGCUUGGGGAGAGGAGGACCACAGCAGCGAUACCAGAAGGAGAAGGAGAAACACCAGAAGGAGCACCACCCAAAAAGGACCCAACGGGCAUCAAAAACCUCAUGCGCAGAAUGGGCACAGCAAUAGGCCAAAUGCACAAAAUCGGCAUCGUCCACGGCGACCUGACGACAUCAAACAUGAUGCUCCGCCCACCGAAAUCGUCAGAUACCAACGAUCACGACGACAACCCCCUCGACGGCCAAGUCUUCAUCAUCGACUUUGGCCUCGCAAGCCAAAGCACCUCGGACGAGGACCGCGCCGUCGACCUCUACGUCCUCGAGCGCGCCUUCGGCAGCACCCACCCGCGCGCAGAGGCCUAUUUCCAGGACGUCCUCGACGCCUACCGCGGCUCGUACAAGCAGGCGCCCGUGACGCUCAAGAAGCUCGAGGACGUGAGGAUGAGGGGCCGCAAGAGGAGCAUGAUUGGUUAA